AUGACGACUAUACAUGGUGUUGGGUCAGCUGCGCGCUUCCCCAGACCAAUAAGUACUCAUACCAUAGAUGCUAUUCAGCUUAGACAAAAAAAGAAUGCAAAAAAACCUGAACAUCUUUGUUUACUUAUCCUAGGAGAACGAGGAUCAGGGAGAUCGACUUUUUUGGCAAAUCUUUGUAACUAUCCUGAUUAUACGCAGUCACAAGCGGUUGAAGUCUGUGAUCCCAGAAGAUCACAUAUAGCACAGAAAUUAAAAAUCAUAAAGAAACAUUUAGACCUCAGUUCACAUAUAAACGCACCUAUGAUACUUGAUUUAGUUAUUAUGGAAGGAUUUGGUGAUAAUUUUGAUAAUUCUGGGACUUCGGCGACAAUUUCAGCAUACCUUAACACCCAAUUCGAGAAUUAUUUGGCUGAAGAAGAGAAAAUACAUAGAACCGGGAUUAUAGAAGAUACUAGACCGCAUGCGUGUCUCUAUUUUAUCAAGCCAAAUAUGAGAGGAUUAAAUGAUUUUGAUAUUGAAGUUUUAAAGAAAAUUCAAAAGCAGGUCAAUAUUAUUCCAAUUUUAACAAAAGCUGAUAUUUUGAGUCAGCCAGAACUAGUAUCGAAUAAAGAAAUAAUCAAGAGACAGCUAAGGGAUAAUAAUAUAGAAAUAUAUGAUUUUGGGAAUGACAGAAUAGGUGAUGUCUUCUCUUAUAAUGAUAUGCAUCCAUUUGACAAAUAUACUCGUUCACAGAAUAUAAAUGAAAUGGUUCCAUUUGCAACUACUUGUAGUAAGCUUAAAUACGUACAUCCAUGGACAGCUGAAACGCUACAUAUAAGGAAAUAUAGCUGGGGUGAAUUAAUUGUAGAAGACUUUUCAAAUUCUGAAUUUGCUUAUUUGAAGGGGAUAUUAUUUGGCUCACAUGUCCAGGAAUUGAGAAAUUUCACGCAAAAUGUGCUAUAUGAGACUUUCAGAGCUAGAAAACUGUUAGAAAGGCGAUCAGCUAUUGUUGAAAGCAAUAGUAUUCAACAAGAUAUACACCAUUCAAUGCAUAGAAUUGUCGGGUUACAUUUUAAACAGAGUGAUAACUCCUCAAAGUUAUCACCAAACAAAUUAAUAGAUGAAAAAGAUCAAUUGCUACUUGAUUAUGAAAGAAAAUUGCGUGACUUGGAGACAAGAUUAAACUCUGAGCAAAGCAAGUCUACGAUGUCGUCAAUUCCUUAA